UUGUUUAAAUAUCACGCAAUGUUACAUAUCGAUUCUGUUCAUACUGUAACAUGGCAUAGGAAUGAGCAGGUUAUCAACCUUUUUAUUGAAUUGGAAUACUUUCCUGUUCAGUGUGUACUUGUGGGAAAGUACAAGCAUCUAAAUGGCAGUUCACAGUAUUUUUAUGAAAAGCAAAUUCAGACGAAAACCUACAUCAUGCCAAUAGGUGAAUGGUGACUCUGAAACUGCAAAAGCAUAUAACAUGGUGGAUGAAUAAAGUGGACUAGCAUAAAUGAGGUGAAGACCCUGCUUCGUGAGUGCUACCUUUACUUACGUGAUUGGAAACGAAAUUGGACGUGCUUCUCAAAGAACACUUUUUCAUUGUCUGAUAGUGUGAUCUCCCAGACACGUCAUCUGUAUCAAGCAUUCGGAAUGAUAAAGUGGAAUAUACUGCGUAAACAACAUGUCGUCUGCAAAACACAAUUGACCUCGCGUGCGUGACAAGACCGCUCCGAAGAAACACUUACGUAAGAAACUGGACAUCAAAUUUGCUGCGAUUUGCACGGAACGAAUAAUUGAUUAGUAAAUCUAUCAUAUCCGAUGCUCUGUCGAGAUAGAGAAAUUUGAUUUUGUCCUUUUUCAAUAACGUAGUCUAUAUGUGGAAAUCCAUUUCAGUUCCCCUGGGCACUGGGCGGAGAUUCGGAGACCAAAAUUGCAUAACCCCGGGAUUGGAUUUCAAAAAUGACCAUCACUGAACAACUCCCCAGAGAUCCUGUAACAAGAUUUUAAGCUCUGUCCAGUAUCAAAAUAUACAUUUCUUGUCACAGUGGACUCUCUCGCUUCCAGGAAUGUAGAAUAAAUGGCAUAAAGCACUUGCUAAUGAAAGCCGCAGGACAGAGAUCUUCGGAAAUGGACACCAUGCAAUGAUGCCGCUUGUGCCAAAGUGGCUGUUUUUUUCAUCACUGCGCAUGUCGCUGGAAAAAUUUUGAUGUUCCACAAAAUGCCGUUUUUUUUUUCAUAUGACAUACUAUACAAUGGAUUUGUAAGAUGUUGAAUACGACCGACAGCGAGUAUCAUCAAAGUGACUUGAGUUGAUAAAUGAGCUAUUUGACCAGAAUACGAAAGUGCUAAUAUGAGGAAAACUCAUCGCGCUUGUCAGAGAUUACUGGGAUAUAGCAGCCGGUGUUGAAGUGGCGGUUUGACAUUUUUGACCAUCAGCCGGGACCAAUACUUCGCCAUUCUAGUGUACAUUAGGUUACAAACAGCUGUUAUUUCGGAAGCAGUCUUCAAGGACCCUGACGUUCAAUACACAAAAUGCUUUCGGAGUAGACUGCGCAUUGGAUGAAAUUUUACCGUUUAAUCCAAGACCAAGUCAGCUACAAAAUCGUCUAAAAGACAAAAAAUCUUACUUUUCUUUAAUUUUGCACUCCCCAGGGCUGUCAUUCACAGGGAAACUAUUCCAAGAACUAGGAAGCUGCCUGGAAGUACGCUCAAGCAUUGAGUUAAUGCAAACGCAGUGUUUUGGAAGAUACUGCUAAAGUUUCGCACUGCAUUAUUUCUAAAGAAAGUGCUGUAUAGUGAAAAGAGCUACAUCAAACAGGAUGGCAACCCAAUAGGAAGAAGUGAGUACAAUACACAAAGGUUCCUGAUAUAAUAAACGUAAGAAAUAAACUCAAGCAAAACAUAGGAGAGGAUUGUGUAAAAUGACAAUUACCUACGAUAUUACUUACGAUAUUUGGAUGCAAACUCGGACAUCGUCCGUCGCGCCGGCAUUUAAUUAGUUCAAACGAUUUGCUUGACCCGAACUCCGUCUCACAAUCGUUUCUAACAGCGGAUGCAAUCAGGUCGAUCAACCGUUUAAUUUUAAUUCAUUACUUUUUUAUUGCUUCCUCUGAGAUUAAAAGAAAACCUGGCCGAAACGACGAUCUGUUUAUGUCGAACUAGACUUCUGCGUGGUCAUAAAGUGCAUUUGAGUUUUUACUGCCCUCAUAGGGUUAACCUGAAACACGAUUGCGACGUAGCGGCACCAAUGACGUGAAGCCAUCUGGGCUUGCAGAAUGCAGAUCUCUGUGCGUCGUGGAUGAACCAGGCCGAUGCGUGGUUAUCUUUUUGCUUGCCUUGUUAGAUAAAUCUGCUCAGCCGCCAGAGUUUACGUCUAUCUGUGGCCUCUUCGAGUUGUUAUGUGACAUAAAUGAUGUGACAUUUUGGCAAGUUUGACAGCAAUACGUCAGCUUGCGGAACUCAAUCAAAAUAGCAAUUUGUAUUAGUUCGGGGGCAAUCAAUAAUCUAAUUUUUUUUUUACUCGAUUGCGCCCUGGUACUAAAUUACACGUUUGAUCACAAAGAAAAAAAAAUAACUCAAGAUUGCGGAAGUAUUGAAGGAUUUACAAUGGAACCAGGAAACGCAACAGAUAUGGCAAGCAAUGCGAGCGUGCUUGCUCAUAUGUCUGGAAGUUUAACGUUAAGGGAAGGGUCCAAACUCGAGCACCCUUGGCAUGGUGUUGAAAGUACAUUAAAGGAGGACCAAUAUCACCAUGUGACGUAUACAGAUGACGUACACAGUGACGUGUACAACCACACCCACGUCCUGUUAAGCACAGGGGGUGACAUAGCAAUUCCAACAGGAAGGAUUUUGGUCGCUUCAUUGUUGGGGGUUAUAAUCAUCGCGACCAUAUUUGGGAACUCGUUGGUCCUUCUGUCAGUUGCGUUUUUCCGCAAAAUGCGGACUCCUACGCAUUUGCUCAUAGCAUCCUUAGCAACGGCGGAUUUUAUGGUCGCUCUGCUUGUGUUACCAAUAAGUUUAUACCACGAACUUGUAGGGGUCUGGAACCUUGGUCCUAUAGUAUGCGACUUGUGGUUAACGCUAGACAUAUUCUGCUGUACGGCAAGCAUGUGGAAUGUUUGUAUUAUAGCUUUGGAUAGAUACUGGAAGAUCACUAAGGACGUUGGCUAUACGCAUGCAAAGACAUUUGCCAGACCAAAAGUGUGUAUCAUCAUGGUGAUCACGGCGUGGACGAUGUCCGCGGUUAUAUCGACGGCCCCGUUGUUCGGGUGGUACACCGGAGUUGAAAAACAAAACCCCAUGCUGUGCAUGGUCAGCCAAGACAUUGGUUACACAAUUUUCUCAACAAUGGGUGCUUUCUACAUCCCCAGCGUUGCUAUCAUUGUGGUCUAUGUGCGGAUUUACAAAUUUGCCAUUAAGAGACUACAGGAGCGUGCAAAAGUGAAGAAACGCGACCGGAAGAAAUUUGCGAAACUUUACGCGUCCAACACGACCAGGUUUGUCGACAAUUCCAACGAGACGAGCGCCAUUGAGAGCACCUACGUGACAGAGGGUAUCAUGACAAACGGAACGAACAUGCGUCCCUUAAAGGCACGUUCCAACGAUCGUUUAAGACGCUCCACGACUAUGUUAGGGGCCAUCAUUGGUUGUUUUGAGAUAUGUUGGCUGCCGUUUUUUCUCAUUGCCCUCAUAACGCCCCUAUGUCCUCGUUGUCAUGUUCCGAAUAUCAUAUACAGCAUCGUCUUGUGGUUGGGAUAUCUGAAUUCUUUACUAAAUCCGGUUAUUUAUGCCGUUUGGAACAAGGAAUUCAGAGGUGCUUUUAAACAGAUUACAAGAUGCAAUUUGAAAUAAUAUGAUGAGACAGGCCAUUUUGUUAUGCAUGCAAGAAUGGAGUCGGCAUGAUGACUUUUAUUGACUAUUUAUUUUGCUAAAAAUAGAUGUUCAAUUUUUUAAAUGCAGUGUUUGCAUUUUUUAUUAAUUUCAUUGAGACAUUCUAAGUCUAUAUGGAAAAAAAAUUAAAUUCAGUGCAUUUUAAUAGCGAACAAUCGAUUGCAAAAGAAAGUAAAUGUAAAAUGCUAAGAAGCUGAUUAACUUUUACUUGAUAUUUGUUUUUAUAUUAAAAAAUAUGUAUAAAUGGAAGCUGUAGUUAUAAA